AUGGGUAAACGGAAACCUUUACAAUCAGAUAGGUUAUCUCCGCCAAGCAGCAGCCCACCAAGUACGACAACAACAAAUGCUGUCGCGCGACCAAAUACCCCUUCGAGCGCUGUACAGAUUCCCAUUAGAUCGAAGCAUGACACCGCGCAUUCGCACAGACCGCGACCUUACGCGCACGCGCAUCGAGCUAACUCUUCUCCAACCCGAAACUUUCGCGAUGUUCACUCCCCAGAUGCCAUCCCUCCAUCUGUGGCGGCGUUGCUCGCCAUCACUACCAUUCCCCCACCUAAGCGGCGUGGGGGGUCGCGACAAAGGCAGUCUAGGGAUUCAUCUAGGGACUCAAGGAUGACAGUGAACUCAAUCGUGCCUCGGUCUCACGUCUCCGAGAAAGAGUUAAGUCAGGAACUAAGCGAAGAAUUCUCACAAGAUUUGAGCGAUAUCAGUUUUACAUCCUAUGAUCGUAGUCCUAUGGAUGUGUUGCUUAGCCCACCCGAUGAGCUCGACGAGGACGAAGGAUCCUUCAACAGUGAUAGCGCAUUCGCAUCGCCCUUCUCAACCCGCGCGGCUUCGUUUGAGAGUGUACCUUCGUUAGGCGAUUCGUUUGGACCCAGUCUAGUUACUACUAUCGACUCUCCCGUUACCCCACGUGGAAGAAGGAUACGACCGCCGAGACGUUCGCUAGAGCCGGUGUCUUCACCUCCCGGAGAGAGUUUGGAGCAUCCGCUUUCUACUAAGGACAGUUUAGACGUCGAUGAACUUGAUUUCAGGGUGUUCAAUCCUAAACCAAGUUCAACAGAACAGAAGCAGGCUACCGGUCUCAUGCCACUUAAAUCCGUUUUUAAAUCAAAUUUAACAGCGUCGCUUCGUGCAUUGCGCUCUGCUGCCCGGUCCUUGUCUAAUUUUACUUCUUCGUCGAUACCUCCAGAUGACUUUCUUACUAGAUCGAUCCUCACAAUUGACCCAAGAGUCCCAUUUACCGAUGAGAGAAUGCCGCCCAUGUUAGGCGAAGAGCCGAGCGAAGCGAUGCGUCGUUACUUGAACCCGACUAGCGUACGCCCAGAAUCGCGCGUGCGGCCGACAAUUCGCAGCUAUACUGCGUCGAUUCAGAUGCAAACUUACAAAGUGCAAAGAUCAAGGAGCGCCCCGGCAGCCAGUCGUUCAGGCGGUCAAGGGGGAUCUCCCAACAAAUCACCAAAUGCAUAUGUCUUUCCACCAGGUCCCCGCCAGCGGGAGAUUCGGGAGAAUUCGGAUUUCAUUCGUAUCGCCGUCUUAGAGCAUCUGAUGCGUAAGCGCGGCAAACUAGAUGACCAACGUGAAGGACACGCACGCUGGCUUUUGCCGCCAAGAAAGUCUACAACAAAACUCUACGAAAUUGGACCUGAUGGUGUUCCCGCAAGAUGGGUUCCGAUUUCACAGGAUGAUGUCCAAGUUUAG